AUGGACGGAACCGGGUUGAACUUGUCUUCGUUAAGAGACAAGAUCUCAACAAAGAUGGGCAAGCCGUCGGAAAAGAAGUCUUCUAAGACUAAAACGAUGAAGACAGAGGCCAAAGACAAGAAACCAAAGCACGAGAAGAAAGAAAAGAAGUCGACUAAGAAAACACACGAUGAAGAUGAUGAGGAAGACGCUUUAAAGAGAGAAGCAUUAGCUCUUGGAGCCACGGAAGCCGACAUUGCGUUGGUCGAUGGUGUUGAAGAAGGAGAAGAAAGUGAACAAGAGUUUGGAGCAGAAACAGGCACAGAUACCAAGCUUUCUUCUGAGGUAGCAGACUUUAUGAAGGGAUUAGGAUUAGGAGAUGGGUCAAUUCCUGAGAUUGAAGAAGAUAUUCCUGAAUUAGUUGAAGAAAUUGAAGAAGAUGAGGAUGAAGAGGAUGUGAAAGAGAAGGAGAAAGAAGAACAAGAAGACGAAGAAGAAGACGAAGAAGAACAAGACGAAGAAGAAGAAGAAGACGACGACGAAGAACAAGAGGAACAAGAACAAGAGGAGGAGGAAGAGGAAGAAGAUGUUCAUGAUGAAUCCUCAUCCGAAGUUGAAGACACAUUGAACCAAGAUAAAAUAGAUAACGUUGCUUCAGUUGUCAGUGACAAAUUAAAGAUCCCCGCAAUCACCCAAUGGUACGAAAUAGAAACAGAAGCAGUGCAUGAACCGGAACAUUUGGACAGAUUUGCCAAAGAAAGAUUACUAGAAAGAGGAAAGCAAUUAAUUGAAGAAGAGAACCAAACAUACUUGACUGAAUUUGCUUCUAAUUCCCAACAAAGCAAAGUUUUAACUGAUUUCUUAAAGAAUGGUACUAUGAAUGAUAAAAUCUCUGCAUUGACCUUAUUAAUUCGGGAAGCACCUUUGCAUAACUUGAAGGCAUUUGAUACCCUUGUUGGCUAUUGUGAAAAGAAGUCAAGAGCUGCUGCUUUACAGGCCAUUAAAGCAUUUUGUGAUUUGCUUGAACACGAUCUUUUACCCGAUAGAAAGCUUGUGGCUUUUGAUAAGCAACUCUUAAGAAAGGAUCUUUCCAGCAGAAGAUUGGCCAUAUACUAUUUUGAAGAUCAUUUGAAAAAGGCAUACUUCAAGCUAAUCACCAUCUUUGAACAACUAGGACAUGAUCCUCUUGAAUAUGUUAGAUCUAACGUUAUCAGACAUGUGUUUUCCCUUUUGAGCUCGAAACCUGAACAAGAAGUCAACUUGCUUCGUUUAGGAGUCAACAAGUUGGGUGAUAACGAUAAUAAAGUGUCCUCUAAGGCUUCCCAUUUAGUAUUAAAGUUGGAACAAACUCAUCCUGCCAUGAAGAAGAUCGUUACAGACGCCAUUAUAGAUGUCGUAUUUCAAGCUAAUGUUGAUUAUCAAACUCAAUACUAUGCUGUGGUGACUUUGAAUCAAACCAUUUUGACCAGAAAUGAACCUGAUUUGGCCAACUCAUUGGUGAAGACUUAUUUUGCAUUAUUUGAAAAGCUUUUGGUUGAUAUUGACUCUAACAGUGAAAGUAGUACCAAUAAAGAGUCACGUGAUGUUAAUACCCUCGGAAAGUCGGAAUUGGGCAGGAAGAAUAACCGGAAAAACUUCAAAAAGGGUAAGAAAGGUGGUAAAUCCGUCAAACAACAACAAAAAUCAGAACAAGAACUUGUGGAAGAAAAGCAUGCCAAAUUGUUCUCGGCAUUGUUGACCGGUUUGAAUCGUUCGUUCCCAUUUGCUGAGUUACCUAGUGAAGUCUAUCAAAAGCAUUUGGACACUCUUUUCAAGAUAACUCAUUCAACCAACUUCAAUACCUCUGUGCAGGCCCUUGUAUUGGUUAACCAUAUUAUUACCCAACAAGGCCUUAACUCCGAUAGAUACUAUAAAACCCUUUAUGAAUCGUUGUUGGAUCCAAGAUUAUCUCUGUCUUCCAAACAAGGGAUAUACUUGAACUUACUUUUCAAGUCGUUGAAGAACGACCCAGAUGUCGAUAGAGUGCUUGCAUUUGUCAAGAGAAUAGUCCAGAUUUGUACACAUUGGUUGAACAUUGGUGCGAUUGCCGGGAUGAUUUUCUUGCUAAUGGAGUUAUCCAAGGUAUGUCCUCAGGUUUCUGAUUUGAUGAUUGAUGUUAACUCAAGACCUGAACCGGAAGUAGUUGAAGAUGAACCUAAGGCCGAAGUUCCACUUAAAUCCGAAGUUUCUGCACCUAAAUCCGAAGCUCAAGGUGAAUAUGAUCCAAGAAAAAGAGACCCUAAAUAUGCUAAUGCUCAAACAUCUUCUUUAUGGGAAUUGUCUCAAUUUACUAACCAUUAUCAUCCUACAGUUGCUACUUAUGCCACUUCAUUUAUGAGCAAUGAGCCCCAACCCAAACCGGACUUAGGUCUCUUCAGUUUGGCUCAUUUCUUAGACAGGUUCGUGUACAAGAACGCAAAGCAAAAGCCGGUCACUAAGGGUUCUUCCAUUAUGCAACCUCUUGGUGGGGCACAUACCGGGUCUUUAUUGGUUAGAGCUACUAACGUCAUGGAUACUAAUGUUCCAGCCAAUACUGUUGAUUGGUUGAAUAAGAAGGUCGAAGACUUGAAGCCAGAUGAGAAGUUCUUCCAUCAAUAUUUCACCUCCAAGCUGUCUAAGAGCAAGGUUAAAGCAGAUGGUGAAGAGGAUGAAAGGGAUGAAGAUGCACCUGACAUGGGAGACGAUGAAAUCUGGGAAGCGUUGGUUAAGUCCAAGCCAGAAGUCGAUGGUGACGAUGUUGAUGAAGGGUUCUCUGAUUUCGAUGAUGACGAUUUCAGCGAUAUGAGUGAUGGAGAGAGUGAUGAAGAAGUUCAGAAAGAAUCAGAAGGUGAAGAAGCCUCUGAAGCUGAGGAUCAAGUUCAAGCUCAAUCUGAAGAUGACGAACAAGUGUUUGGCAUUGACGAAGACGAUGAAUUGAGUGAUUCGGAAAUCAAAUUUCUUCCCCUUGACGGUCCAGAAUCAGACUCUGAACAAGAAGAAGAAGAAGAAAAUGCAACUACUUCCAGAAAGAGAUCGAAAUCAGGAGCCGGCGAAAAGGACAAUAAAAGGAAGAAACUCAGCGAUAUGCCGGUGUUUGCCUCUGCAGAUGAUUAUGCUCAAUAUCUUGAUUCUGAAGAUGAUGAAUAUUGA